AUGCCACAGGCCUCAAUUCUGGAGUGUAUUCACAGUGCACUUUUACUGCCUCCUUUUCCAACCACUUUAUCACGUUUGCCCUUUUCAAAUAACAACUUAGGCAGCCACGACUCCUGCUCUUACUGCAUCAGCGACUCCUCCCUUCUUUCCCCCGAUGGCGACGCCUACCAGCUCCUAAAAGUCAUGGGCGACUUGGGCCGCAAACUGUCCUCCAAGUGGGCUCGUGCGCAGGACGCGAAUCUCACCGAGCAGCUCACCGCCGGCCUACGCUACUUUGACCUGCGAGUUCUGCAAACCAGCGCUGCUGAAAGCAGCGCCGGCGGCGGCGGUAGAAGCUUGGGGGCCGAUGGUGCCUCCAUUUGUCCCGGCAUGUUCUACUUUGUGCAUGGACAGUUUGCCCGUGAGGUGACCAGUGAGCUCUUCAAUGUACGCACCUUCCUGCGCGAUAACCCCAAGGAGGUUGUGAUCCUCGAUUUCAACCACAUUUACGGCUGUGAUCGCGAGUCCGCCUUGAAGCUGCAAACACUAGUAAAACAGGUGACUACUCCUUCCCCUGUGUUUUCUGAGCCGGCGCCCAUGAAGUUAUCUGCGGAACACUCACCCAAGUGCGGUAACAGUGCUAAUUACCAUGAGUCUGAAGCUCAUUUUCACUAUAACAUAUCGACGACCUUUGUUAAUUGCUGUUGAGUUCGCGAAAGUGAAUAUGUUGUAGAGGUGAUUAGUAAUUUGCCAAAUUUAUUGCUUCCUUUUCGCAAUUCGUACCUUGUUUUCACGUCAUCACAGCCGUCAUACUCAGUGGUGUAGUCUGAAAACUCGACUCGUGCGGUGUCUUUCUUUGAACGGCCGUAAGAUUAAAUAAACUUCCGGUGAAGGCCCUUAUUAUCUAGUGAAACUCCGAACCUUCAUCCGGCAGAACUGGUUAGAGCGAAUGGAUCUGUGCCGUCUAAUAAUUAGCCUCUCUCCUGAAAUAUUUUCCACCCUCCCUUCUUUCCCCUUCCUUAAAAACUCAUUCUCGUUUCGUUAUGCCCCCUAGGUUUUCCCAGGAAUGUUAGCACCCCACACAGGAAGCAUACCCUCUCUCAACGAGCUCUGGUCGGCGGGUCACCAGGUUAUCUGCAUAUUCCACUGCGGUCCCUGUCUCCCUGAUAUGUGGCCCGCUGGUUGCAUUCGAUCUCCUUGGCCUAACACGACCGACGUGGAUAAGCUCUUUCAGUUCCUAGACGCGAAUGGCCCGUAAGUCUUUCGGCAUCUAUCUCCACCUGUUUGCACCGUUCAUGCUGCGUCUAACCUUUCGAAGCUGGUUUUAAAUUAAAUACAUUAUUCCUAUAUAUUAUGUAGUAGUGUUUAUUUUGUGCGUUUAAACACUGUUGUAUUCUAGACCUGCACUCGCAGUUUCUCGGGCCAAACGGGGUAACCCACAUAUGACCCCCGUCUCCCACCUAACCUGCUAGUAUUUAUGGCGUGCGCUUACGUCUGUCUCUGAUGCGCCCCGUGACACACUUGAGUACGUCACGCGCGUUCGCGUGCGCCAACUAGAUCAUAAGCACGUAGGGGCAGAGAAGGCGUGGAUGCGUGCAAAUUUUGCAGCCAAUCGAUGGUGAGCCUUCAGCGUCGGCCUCUAUAUCGCCACAGCUGCGUGCAAAUUCUGUUGUGUGCUGCGUGCGUGCGUGCGCCUAGAUGCGUGUGUUUUAUAUUCUAGGCAUUAAUUGCCACAUUAAGCCUUCGUCGCCGUCAUGUCCUCUACUCGCGUGCAGCCUGAAGUCUUGUGGCGACAUGCCUCUCGAGGUACCUAGUUGCUAAUCCCGGCGCCAGUUGGAUGAAGGAAGUGCAGAACUGCUAGCUGGGGCUUUUACCUCCCCAACUGUGCUAAUCUCACCUCCUCGUGGAGAAAGUGUUCGCGAAUGGAGACCAGGAAGCAUUUUGUCAGAGAUUACUACCACUUUUAAGAUUUUGGUCUGGUAGGUCAAGCUUAUAGGUCGCCUCUUGCCAGCCUCGCUGAGAUUUCUUUCUUGACGAGUUGAAUCCCGAGCUCUCAGAACUUCAAAGUAAGCAUAUAUUUCUAGUAGAUGGAACCCUGAUUUGUCCAAGUUACGUGCAUGCGAGUAUGCUGUACCCAGUGAAGUCGCUCCCCCCUAUUCGACGAUCUCCUGCUCAAGAAAGUGACUUUCCAGAACAUCGUAUCCCCCUCUCGUUUUCUCAUCUAUUCCCGGUGUCCUAAAUCUGUGUCAUGCCUCAGUGUAUUCACAAAUCGCUGCUGAGAUCCUGUCGUAAAUUCGUGAAUCGUGAAUUCCGAUUAUUGGACUGUUUUGGAGUUGCGAAAAUUCCCAUAGCGGUACUCAGAAGACGAGGUGGUGAGCAUGCGUAUCUGUCGAUAAAUUCUCGUUGAGCCAGUUCAAUUAUAUGGGAACGGGGUAGAAGAAAAAACACGUCAGUGAUAAGAUAAUUCGAUUAAAGUUCGCCUUAAAAUACUGGCUGGGUGUGGGAAUGUGGAGGAGGGGGGAGGGGGGGGGGUAAUAGCAGUCAGUGUCAGGGGCGGGGUGAGAGCGGAAGGGCGCGGGGAGAGUCGCAGCGAUUGGGUGUAUUCAGGGCCGCGUGAUAUGGACUUUCGUGGAUUAGCCCUUGUUGAAGCACGAAAUGCAGGGCUUCCAUCCUGCGUCCCCCCGAAGCGGGCUUCACAACCACGAGUAAGCAAUAAUUAUAGGGCACUGCCGACUGUAAUCGUCGUUUCUGGCCUACCUGUCGUCCUACAAACUGAGGUUUCAGGACACACCGCAAAGACCAUAUUCCGCCCUACAGUCUGACCAGUAUCGAGGAUCUAACUGCACUUGACUUGGCCCCAGUGUACACUACGUGACCUGUCUCAUGAAAUCUGAUAACGGAAACUGCUGCGAGAAUUUCUGGACGUAGUUAACGUUGCGGACAGCCAUUUUCUCCGAAAAUGAAGUUUGAUGUUUGAAUGAGUCUUCACAGGUGACCAAAACGACCUUCUUCGUGAAAAGGAGCGCCUGAACACUCACUAAUUCGGGAAAUACCUUCAAGAAUAAUCUUAUUUUAUAGUUCUUAACCGGCAGGUAAUUCGGAAUCCGUCUUUAUGGACGAUCGGGUGAAGGCACUGAAAAUCAUGAAGUAUUCAGCAAAAUUUCGAGGCCGAUCCGAAACUCAACGUAAUCCGAAACGAACGAAAAGUGUAGAUUAAUUUAACGGAAGAAAAUUUCUCUAUAAACCCAAAAUGGUAUGUUUACGAUCACGCCUGUCAGUACUAUUUAAAUUUAUUAGGCACCGACUGGCCCCAUAGCAUGUGACCUUAUGAAAACUUUUGUUCCUACGAUGUCGCCGUCGGUGACAUCAAGCAAAAUCCGGUUUCUCUUGUUGAACUCUAUCUCUUUUAUCUUAAAAGAGUCAAGGGUAACACAAAACCCAGGAAAAUGUUUUAGAAUCUACACUCCGAAUGUAGUCAGUUGACAAACCGUCAUAUAUGAAAUCACACUAAUUAUUGAACGAUAUUUAGAUGUAAACUUCACUUAAGCACUAUUAUUAGACGUUAUUUUAUUUUUACUUUCAUAUUUACUACGUUUUUGGUAUGAUAAUACAUUCCAUACAUCUAAAAACGAAGUUUACUAAAUUAGAGCCAUUUCUGGCGUUUUCGAGAUAUUGCGCUUUUCUAAAAAAAAUCCGCAUUUCUAUACAACGCAACGCUGCCUUGAAUAUUUCUUUCAUGUUUUUAAUUCUUUUAAACUUGUGCUUACUUAACAUAGGCAUUGGACUCAUGAAAUAGUGUGGGUUUGCGAGUGAUUGGCAAUCAUUCGUAAAUUUCGAUACAUUUUAUGAGUUAGGUCACUAACUGUACGUCAGAUAAGGCUACCUAGGGAACAGUUGUCUAAUCUUCCAGAACUUGCACCCAUUCACGUACUCCUGAGGUUGCCUUUGUGGCCCAAGGGGAUAGGACUCCGUGCUUACCGUUGAAUCUCUAACCCUUGCCCAAGAGCUCUACCCAUAACCAUCACAGAGGACCUAACAUCACGCCUAUCUAAACAAAGCAGACAUCACAGCCGAUUGUCCAAACUAGCUAAUCCAACGGGUGAGGGAAUUGGGCGCAGCGGUUGAUGCCUCAUGGAUUCCUACGUCCAAGGCCUGUCCCGACAGUUUGACCGUCGUGUCCGGCUAUGUCCACCGUGUCUGCUCCACCUUGCUGUGCAGUAGGCACGUUGACUUGCGCACAAAUCAGUUUAUAGUGAGUGUAGACUUGCGCAGCGUCUAUCGCACUCACUCCUCCCCUGCCUGGGCUCGGUGUCAAGACAUAGUCAAGAAGACCGGAAGUGAGGGUGUCACACACAACAAAUACGCUUAUGUACAGCAGUAGCAGCAGCAGCCUGAGAAACGCGCGUCGCGAGACAGUCUGAUAUCUGUGUUGGUCCAGAACAUCUCCAGUGUAGCCCGUUAUGCCGACCAGUCUAGCUCCCCUCCCCACCGCCGCCCGCCCACAAGCAUCCCCUCAAAUAAGUUUUGGGUUUCCCUUUUUUUCUCUCUUUCCCCAGCACUGACGAGAAAACAUUCCACGUCAGCCAAAACAUCCUCACACCGGACGCAGCCUUCGUCUUUGCAAACCUCUCCAAGGGUCUGGACUCACUGGCCGGACCGGCGGGAGCCCGUACCCUGCAGUGGCUGCAGCAACGAGGACAGUCGCGAAGACUGAACAUUGUGAUAGUCGACUUUGCCGUUCGAGCACUGCCUGACUUCGCCAGGACUGUGAUAUCGCUGAAUACAACUCAGCCGACUGCCUAA